AUGGGACCAGGCAUUCAAGAAUAUCCCUUAUUACUGCACAGAGAGACACAGAAAAAGGAAAGCCAAAUCAAUGAAAACCACAAAGGAAUGGUAAAUUACCGUAAUGGAAAAAGCCAUCCGAGCACCAAAGGACUAAAUAAACCAAUUUCUCAUGUGAAAUCUUCUCCUGGAGGAUUAGGCAAAAAUGUAUCAAGUGCCAUUGAAAAGACCUCCCAUGACACUCAAGAUGGUAACCCACCAAGCAUUUUUAAGAAGGGAAGAAACCAGCUGAAUGACAAUCCUCAACCGAAAAGGAUCACGAGUGUUUGCACAUCACUGCACACAGUACAAGGACCAAAGAGGAGUCUCCCAGAAAGAAGGCAAAAUGAAUCCUUUCUGCACAGGAUCCCUCCUAGUAUAAAGGGCAGCACACAAGGUAGCUUCUGUAGGGUUAAAGAUGUCCCAAUGCAACAUUUUUAUUGCAGUAGAAAAGAACAGUUGGAAGAGAAUCAUGAAGAGCAUGUUUCUGAAGCUGGUCCAUGCUCUUCUAAAUGGCAAGAAGCAUCUGUAGAUGAAAUGUUUCUUGAUUUUGAAUCAGUACAAAUUAUUAAAAAAGAUGCCGAAGAUGAUAGUGCCAGUGAUCUCUCUGAUUCAGAAAGGAUUCCCAUUCCCCCGUCUCCCUGCACACCACCAGAACUCAUUCUCAGAGCUGAAGAAAUUGAUCCAGUUUGUUUGGAAUAUGUCCCAGAUACGGGUUUUAAAGAAUCAGAAUAUUACUACCCAGACUUCCUCCCACCCCCUUUCAACUCAUGGGACUUGAAGCAACUGGCCAUCUUUGUUCAUGUAGAGGGUAAAACUGAAUUUCGACCAAAGCCAACAGGAUUUCUAGAGAAGUACAUUGAUCGCCUUUUGCAGCUGGAAUGGCUGCAAAUGCAGACUGUACAGAAUGAGAAAGGAAAGGCAGCCAAAGCCAGGCCACAGACUGCUCCCAGCUCCAUCCGGACCCUAAAAAGCCCUGGCAAAGGUAAAGCAUUGCUCAGCCCUUUGCCCAGCAAGCACGUGGUUCCCCAUGAAAGCGUUACAAAGCUGCCUAGAAGCUGUUCAGGUCACAGGGGAGAUCCAUACUGUGAAGAAAGUCACCGGUUACAUUCUCAUCCAGGUCACUUGAAACUUUCUGAGAGAAUGGGAUGUGCACUGUCUUCUCAGAGACAAUCUGGUGAAGUAAGGAGUGAACUGAAAAAAAAACCAACUACAAAGCCACAGCUCCUCAAUAUGCAGCCCUCUGAGAACGGUUCUAAAAUUCAAAGUGUUGGUAAUAUCAGACCCCCUAAACAAACCCCAGUAUUUCAUGGUUCAGCUGCUCCCAUCAAAGGCUUAAAAACAUACGUGUGUACAAAUCCAAAGAAAAAUGGUAAUGCCAACAAUUGUGUUCCUUCUAAAAAACCAGCAGGGGACAGGAAAAUAAAAACAAAUGGCACAAAGCAAACAUCACACAAUUUUAAAUGAAGAACAAUUCAUUAGUAAAUGUUGAUGCUUCUUGACUGCUAGAAAGCAUUUGGCCAAUGCAGAAGGGUCAUGUUUUCUUCAUAGGAAGAUCUGGGAAAAUAUGUUCUUGAUGCAUGGGUCUAGGUCAGCACUGUUCA